AUGCACCGCGGCACCAUGCGCGAUGGCACCGUGUGCUACAGCACCAUGCGCCGCAGCACCGUGCGCGGCGGCACCAUGCGCGGUGGCAGCAUGCGCAAUGGCAGCAUGCGUGGCGGCUCCAUGCGCCGCAGCACCGUGCGCGGUGGCACCAAGCUGCUGGAGGAGUGCGAGCGCAACAAGGAGAAGGUGGAGCAGUGCCAGCGGCACGCCAAGCAGUACAUAGACGCCAUCAAGGACUACGAGCUGCAGCUCGUGACCUUCAAGGCGCAGGUGGAGCCCRUGGCCUCCCCGGCCAAGAAGCCCAAGGUGCAGUCGGCCUCCGACAGCAUCAUCCAGGAGGUGGGCACGGCGCCCGGGGCCCAGCCCUUGGCUCUCCCUGUCCUCAGCGGGGACUACGAGCUGCAGCUCGUGACCUUCAAGGCGCAGGUGGAGCCCAUGGCCUCCCCGGCCAAGAAGCCCAAGGUGCAGUCGGCCUCCGACAGCAUCAUCCAGGAGCCGCCGGCACCACCCGCAGCGCGCGGGGACCCCGGAGCCGCUGCGCGCGCUGCAGCGAGCCCGUGUCCACGCGCGUGCAGCGCUGUGGCCGCCCUCCGUGUGAUUUGUCUCUCCCCCUCUCUGUCCCCCUGCACCCUGUCCCCGCUGCAGAAGGCAGCCGAGAAGCUGAAGGAGGAGGAGCGCAGGCGGCUGGCGGAGGUGGAGGCCGAGCUGCAGAAGCAGCGGCAGCUGGCUGAGGCGCACGCCGCGGCCAAGGCGCAGGCGGAGGCGGAGGCGCGGGAGCUGCAGCUGCGCAUGCAGGAGGAGGUGACGCGGCGGGAGGUGGUGGCCGUGGACGCCGAGCAGCAGAAGCAGAACAUCCAGCAGGAGCUGCUGCAGCUGCGGCACAACUCGGAGCAGCAGAUCAAGUCCAAGGAGAAGCUCGUGGAGGAGGCCGAGCAGAGCCGCAGGAAGGUGGAGGAGGAGAUCCGCCUGAUCCGGCUGCAGCUGGAGAGCACGGAGCGGCAGCGCGCCGGCGCCGAGGCGGAGCUGCAGGAGCUGCGGGCGCGCGCCGAGGACGCCGAGCGCCAGAAGAGGCAGGCGCAGGAGGAGGCCGAGCGGCUGCGGCGGCAGGUCAAGGACGAGAGCCAGAAGAAGCGCGAGGCCGAGCAGGAGCUGGAGCGCAAGGUGCAGGCGGAGCAGGAGGCCGCGCGCGAGAAGCAGCGGGCCGAGGCGGACCUGGAGCGGCUGCGGCUGCAGGCGGAGGAGGCCGAGCGGCGCAUGCGGCAGGCGGAGCUGGAGAAGGAGCGGCAGAUCCAGGUGGCGCAGGAGGCGGCGCAGCGCAGCGCCGCGGCCGAGCUGCAGAGCAAGCGGCUCUCCUUCGCCGAGAAGACGGCGCAGCUGGAGCUGUCGCUGCAGCAGGAGCACAUCGCGGUGGCGCAGCUGCAGGAGGAGGCCGAGCGGCUGCAGAGGCUGCAGCGGGAGGCCGAGGAGUCGCGCGAGGAGGCCGAGAGGGAGCUGGAGCGCUGGCGGCAGAAGGCCAACGAGGCGCUGCGGCUGCGGCUGCAGGCCGAGGAGGUGGCGCACAAGAAGGCGCUGGCGCAGGAGGAGGCCGAGAAGCAGAAGGAGGACGCGGAGCGGGAGGCCCGCAAGCGCGCCAAGGCCGAGGAGGCGGCCGUGCGGCAGAAGGAGCUGGCCGAGGAGGAGCUGCAGCGGCAGCGGCUCGCCGCCGAGGGCACGGCGCAGCAGAAGCUGGCGGCCGAGCAGGAGCUCAUCCGCCUGAAGGCGGACAUGGARAACGGCGAGCAGCAGCGGCUGCUCCUCGAGGAGGAGCUCUCGCGCCUCAAGGACGAGGUGAGCGAGGCCGUGGAGAGGCGGCGGGAGCUGGAGGAGGAGCUGGCCAAGCUGCGCGCCGAGAUGGACGUGCUGCUGGAGAGCAAGGCCAAGGCCGAGGAGGAGUCGCGCUCCUCCAGCGAGAAGUCCAAGCAGCGGCUGGAGGCGGAGGCCGGCAAGCUGCGGGAGCUGGCCGAGGAGGCCGCGCGGCUGCGCGCGCUCUCCGAGGAGGCCAAGCGGCAGCGGCAGCUGGCCGAGGAGGAGGCCGGGCGGCAGCGCGCCGAGGCCGAGCGCAUCCUCAAGGAGAAGCUGGCGGCCAUCAACGAGGCGUCGCGCCUCAAGGCGGAGGCCGAGAUCGCCCUGAAGGAGAAGGAGGCCGAGAACGAGCGGCUGCGGAGGCUGGCGGAGGACGAGGCCUACCAGCGCAAGCUGCUGGAGGAGCAGGCCGCGCAGCACAAGCAGGACAUCGAGGAGAAGAUCGCCCUGCUGAAGCGCUCCUCGGAGAGCGAGCUGGAGCGGCAGAAGGGCCUCGUGGAGGACACGCUGCGGCAGCGGCGCCUCGUCGAGGACGAGAUCCGCGCGCUGAAGCUCAGCUUCGAGAAGGCGUCGGCGGGCAAGGCGGAGCUGGAGCGCGAGCUGGGCCGCAUCCGCGGCGAGGCCGACGAGGUGCAGCGGCUGCGCGAGCAGGCGGAGCGCGAGGAGGCCGCCGAGGCGCUGCGCAAGGAGGCCGAGCUGGAGGCGGCGCGGCGCGCGCAGGCCGAGCAGGCGGCGCUGCGGCAGAAGCAGCUGGCCGACGCCGAGAUGGAGAAGCACAAGAAGUUCGCGGAGCAGACGCUGCGGCAGAAGGCGCAGGUGGAGCAGGAGCUGGCCAAGGUGAAGGUGCAGCUGGACGAGACCGACCACCAGAAGGGCAUCCUGGACGAGGAGCUGCAGCGGCUCAAGGAGGAGGUGACCGACGCCGUGCGGCAGAAGGCCCAGGUGGAGGAGGAGCUCCUCAAGGUGCGCGUGCAGAUGGAGGAGCUGGCCAAGCUCAAGAGCCGCAUCGAGGAGGAGAACAAGGCGCUCAUCCUCAAGGACAAGGACAACACGCAGAAGUUCCUGGCCGAGGAGGCCGAGAAGAUGAAGCAGGUGGCGGAGGAGGCGGCGCGGCUCAGCGUGGAGGCCCAGGAGGCCGCCCGCCUGCGCAAGCUGGCCGAGGACGACCUGGCGCAGCAGCGCGCGCUGGCCGAGAGGAUGCUGAAGGAGAAGAUGCAGGCGGUGCAGGAGGCCACGCGGCUGCGGGCCGAGGCCGAGGCGCUGCAGAAGCAGAAGGAGCUGGCGCAGGAGCACGCCAAGCGGCUGCAGGAGGACAAGGAGCAGAUGCAGCAGCGSCUGGCCGAGGAGACGGAGGGCUUCCAGAAGACGCUGGAGGCCGAGCGCCGGCGGCAGCUGGAGAUGAGCGCCGAGGCCGAGCGCCUCAAGCUGCACGUGGCCGAGAUGAGCGCGGCGCAAGCCAGGGCCGAGGAGGAGGCCAAGCGCUUCAAGAGGCAGGCGGAGGAGAUCAGCGGCAGGCUGCACGAGACCGAGCUGGCCACGCAGGAGAAGAUGACGCUGGUGCACACGCUGGAGAUGCAGCGGCAGCAGAGCGACCAGGACGCCGAGAGGCUGCGCGAGGCCAUCGCGGAGCUCGAGCAGGAGAAGGAGAAGCUGAAGCAGGAGGCGGCCUCGCUGCAGCAGAAGGCCGAGGAGAUGCAGGUGGCCCAGCAGGCGCAGCUGCGCCAGGAGACGCAGAUCCUGCAGCAGAGCUUCCUGACGGAGAAGGACGCCCUGCUCCAGAAGGAGAAGUUCAUCGAGGAGGAGAAAGCCAAGCUGGAGAAGCUCUUCCAGGACGAGGUGAACAAGGCCAAGAGCCUGAAGGCCGAGCAGGAGCGGCAGCAGCAGGAGAUGGAGCAGGAGAAGCAGCAGCUGAAAGCCAUGCUGGACGAAGCCAAGAGGCACCAGAAGGAGGCGGAGGAGAACGUGCGGCACAAGCAGGAGGAGCUGCAGCAGCUGGAGAGACGGCGGCAGCAGCAGGAGAAGCUCCUCGAGGAGGAGAACAAGAAGCUCCGGGAGAGGCUUGAGCAGAUGCAGGAGGAGCACAGGGCCGCCCUGGCGCAGACGCGCGAGAUCAUGAUCCAGACGGACGAGCUGCCCGCGGAGGCGGCGGUCCCGGCCGCGCCGCUGCCGGACGCCAAGGCCGUGCCCAACGGCAGGGACGUGGUGGACGGCGUGGCGCAGAACGGCGAGCCCGAGUUCGCCUUCGAUGGCAUCCGCCAGAAGGUGUCCGCAGAGACGCUGGCGGAGGCUGGCAUCUUGACCAAGGAGAGCCUGGACAAGCUGGCGAAGGGCGCGGUGAGCGUUGGCGAGCUCGCGCAGAGGGACGACGUCAGGAGGUACCUGCAGGGCAGGAGCAGCAUUGCCGGCCUGCUCAUCAAGCCCGGCAACCAGAAGAUGAGCAUUUACGAAGCCAUGAAGAGCAAGCUGCUGGCGCCGGGCACCGCGCUGGUGCUGCUGGAAGCGCAGGCCGCCUCGGGCUUCAUCGUCGACCCCGUGCGCAACGUGAGGCUCUCGGUGAACGAAGCGGUGAGGGAAGGAGUGAUCGGGCCCGAGCUGCACAACAAGCUGCUGUCGGCGGAGCGGGCGGUCACGGGCUACAAGGACCCCUACACGGGGGACAAGAUCUCGCUCUUCCAGGCCAUGCAGAAGGAGCUCAUCGUGAGGGAGCACGGCGUCCGCCUGCUCGAGGCGCAGAUCGCCACGGGCGGCAUCAUCGACCCCGUGCACAGCCACCGCCUGCCCGUGGAGGUGGCCUACCGGCGCGGCUACUUCGACGAGGACAUGAACCGCGUSCUCUSCGACSCCWSSGACGACACCAAGGGCUUCUUCGACCCCAACACGCAGGAGAACCUCACCUACCUGCAGCUCAUGGAGCGCUGCGUSACCGACCCGGACACGGGGCUCUGCCUCCUGCCGCUCACCGACCAGGCGGCCAAAGCCGGGGAGCUGCUCUACACCGACACGGAAGCCAAGGAUGUCUUCAAGAAGGCCACGGUGAUGGCGCCGUUUGGCAAGUUCCAAGGGAAGACGGUGACCAUCUGGGAGAUCAUCAACUCGGAGUACUUCACCGAGGACCAAAGGCGGGACCUGAUCCAGCAGUACAGGACGGGCAAGAUCACCGUGGAGAAGAUCAUUAAGAUCAUCAUCACGGUCGUGGAGGAAAGCGAGAAGAAGAGCCAGAUGCUGUUCGAGGGCCUCCGAGCCCCCGUGCCUGCUGCCGAGCUCUUGGAGAGCAAGGUCCUCACCAAGGACCUCUACAACCAGCUGCAGCAGGGCAAGCGGGCCGUGCAGGACGUGGCGCAGAUGGAGUCCGUGAGGCAGUACCUGAGGGGCACGGGCGCCAUCGCCGGCGUCCUCGUGGAGUCAACCGGCCAGAAGUUCACCUUCUACGAGGCCUUGAAGAGGAACCUGCUGAAGGCCGAGGUGGCGCUGCCCUUGCUGGAGGCGCAGGCCGCCGCGGGCUUUAUCAUCGAGCCCGUGAGCAACACGCUCUACUCCGUUGACGAGGCGGUGAAGGCCGAGGCCGUGGGGCCGGAGUUCCACGAGAAGCUGCUGUCCGCGGAGAAGGCCGUGACCGGCUACAAGGACCCCUACACGGGCCAGACCGUGUCCCUCUUCCAGGCCCUCAAGAAGGGCCUCAUCCCCACCGAGACCGGCGUGCGCCUGCUGGACGUCCAGCUGGCCACCGGCGGCAUCGUYGACCCCGUCCACAGCCACCGGCUCCCGCUUGAGGUGGCCUACAAGCGGGGCUACCUGGACCCCGAGAUGAACUCCGCGCUGUCCCAGUUCCUGGAGGAGGCCAAGGUUUUCUACUGCCCCAACACGCAGGAGAACCUCACCUACGGCCAGCUGCAGAAGAGCUGCCGGCGGGACGAGCAGACGGGCCUCUACCUGCUGCCCCUCUCGGACGAGGCCAUCCAGUCGCAGCAGGAGGAGGUCUACACGGACGGCCAGGCGAGGGAGUGCCUCGAGAAGGCCACCGUGGAGGUGCCGUCGGGCAGCCUCAAGGGCCGCACCAUGACCGUGUGGGAGCUCAUCCACUCGGAGUACUUCACCGAGGAGCACAGGCGGGAGCUCCUCCGGCAGUACAAGACGGGCAAGGUGACCGUCGAGAAGAUCAUCAAGAUCAUGAUCACCAUCAUCGAGGAGACGGAGACCAAGAGGCAGGAGAAGCUGACCUUCAGCGGCCUGCGGGCGCCGGUGGCUGCCCGCGAGCUGGUGGAGUCCUGCAUCCUCAGCGAAGCGCAGUACGAGCAGCUGAAGGAAGGCAAGAAGUCGGUGAAGGACCUCUCGGAGACGGACUCGGUGAAGCGGUACCUGCGGGGCAGCGACUGCAUCGCCGGCAUCUACGUGGAGGCGACCAAAGAGAAGCUGAACAUCUACGAGGCCAUGAAGAGGAACCUGCUGAGGCCCAGCACGGCCGUGGUGCUGCUGGAGGCGCAGGCUGCCACCGGCUUCCUCGUGGAUCCCGUGAGGAACCGCAGGCUGUGCGUCAACGAGGCGGUGAGGGCGGGCAUCGUCGGGCCCGAGCUGCACGAGAAGCUGCUGUCGGCCGAGAAGGCGGUGACGGGCUACAAGGACCCCUACUCGGGCGGCACCAUCUCGCUCUUCGAGGCCAUGCAGAAGGAGCUCAUCGUGAGGGAGCACGGCGUCCGCCUGCUCGAGGCGCAGAUCGCCACGGGCGGCAUCAUCGACCCCGUGCACAGCCACCGCGUGCCCGUGGAGGUGGCCUACCGGCGCGGCUACUUCGACGAGGAGAUGAACCAGAUCCUCUCCGACCCCUCGGACGACACCAAGGGCUUCUUCGACCCCAACACGCACGAGAACCUCACCUACCGGCAGCUGAAGGAGAGGUGCGUGGAGGACCCCGAGACGGGGCUGCUCCUGCUGCCSCUCCGGGAGCCGGAGAGGCCCGCCGUGGUGGAGACCACGCAGGUGUACACGGAGGCGGAGACGCGCAGGGUGUUUGAGGAGACGCAGGUGGACAUCCCCGUGGGCAGCAGGGCGGGCUCCUCCAUGACGCUCUGGGAGAUCAUGAACUCGGACCUGCUGCCCGAGGAGCAGCGGAGGCACCUCAUGGAGGAGUUCCAGUCGGGCCGCGUGUCCAAGGAGCGCAUGAUCAUCAUCAUCAUCGAGAUCAUUGAGAGGACCGAGAUCAUCCGGCAGCAGAACCUCGCCUCCUACGACUACGUGCGGCGCCGCAUCACGGCCGAGGACCUCUACGAGGCCACCAUCAUCUCCUUGGACAUCUACAACCUGCUCAAGCAGGGCUCCAAGACCAUCCGGGAGCUGCUGGACAUAGAGACCGUGUGGAAACACCUCUACGGGUCGGGCUGCGUCGCCGGCAUCUACGUCCCGUCGUCCAAGCAGAAGCUCAGCAUCUACCAGGCGCUCAAGAAGGGGCUCAUCAGCGCCGAGGUGGCCCGCUCCCUCUUGGAAGCGCAGGCGGCCACGGGCUUCAUGAUCGAUCCCAUCAAGAACGAGAGGCUGACGGUGGACGAGGCGGUGAGGAAGGGCGUCGUGGGGCCCGAAAUCCACGACCGCCUCCUGUCCGCGGAGCGGGCCGUGACCGGUUACAGAGACCCGUACAGCGAGCAGAAGAUCUCCCUCUUCCAGGCCAUGAAGAAGGAGCUCAUCCCCAGCGAGGAGGCCCUGAAGCUCCUGGACGCCCAGCUCGCCACGGGCGGCGUCGUCGACCCGCACCUGGGCUUCCACCUGCCCCUGGAGGUGGCCUACCAGCGCGGCUUCAUCAACAAGGAGACCCACGACAUGCUGGCCGAGCCCAGCGAGGUGCGCGCCUACGUGGACCCGUCCACGGACGAGAAGCUGAGCUACACGCAGCUGCUGCGGCGCUGCCGCGCGGACGAGGGCAGCGGGCUGCUGCUGCUGCCGCUCUGCGACGCCCGCCGCCUCACCUUCCGCGGCCUGCGCAAGCAGAUCACCGUGGAGGAGCUGGUGCGCUCGCACGUCAUGGACGAGGCGACGGCCCAGCGCCUCCAGGAGGGCCUCACCUCCGUGGAGGAGGUCUCCAGGGACCUCAAGAAGUUCCUGGAGGGCACCAGCUGCAUCGCCGGCGUCUUCGUGGACUCCACCAAGGAGCGCCUGUCCGUCUACCAGGCCAUGAAGAAGGGCAUCAUCAGGCCGGGCACCGCCUUCGAGCUCCUGGAGGCGCAGGCCGCCACGGGCUACGUCAUCGACCCCAUCAAGGGGCUCAAGCUGAACGUGGAGGAGGCCGUGCGCAUGGGCAUCGUGGGCCCCGAGUUCAAGGACAAGCUGCUGUCCGCCGAGCGCGCCGUGACGGGCUACCGCGAUCCCUACAGCGGCAAGCUCAUCUCCCUCUUCCAGGCCAUGAAGAAGGGGCUCAUCCUGAAGGACCACGGCAUCCGCUUGCUGGAGGCGCAGAUCGCCACGGGCGGCAUCAUCGACCCCGAGGAGAGCCACCGCCUGCCCGUGGAGAUGGCCUACAAGAGGGGCCUCUUCGACGAGGAGAUGAACGAGAUCCUGCUGGACCCCAGCGACGACACCAAGGGCUUCUUCGACCCCAACACCGAGGAGAACCUCACCUACCUGCAGCUCAUGGAGCGCUGCGUCACCGACCCGGAGACCGGCCUCUGCCUCCUGCCCCUCAAGGAGAAGAAGCGGGAGAGGAAGACGUCCUCCAAGUCGUCCGUGCGCAAGCGCAGGGUGGUGAUCGUGGACCCCGAGACGGGCAAGGAGAUGUCGGUGUACGAAGCGUACCGCAAGGGCCUCAUCGACCACCAGACCUACCUGGAGCUGUCGGAGCAGGAGUGCGAGUGGGAGGAGAUCACCACGUCGUCCUCCGACGGCGUGGUCAAGUCCAUGAUCAUCGACCGGCGCUCGGGCCGCCAGUACGACAUCGACGACGCCCUCGGCAAGGGCCUCAUCGACCAGUCGGCGCUGGACCAGUACCGCGCGGGCACGCUCUCCAUCACCGAGUUCGCCGACAUGCUCUCGGGCAACGCGGGCGGCUUCCGCUCGCGCUCCUCCUCCGUGGGCUCGUCCUCCUCGUACACGGCGAGCCCGGCRCCCGGGCGCGCGCCCGCGCCCGCCUGGAGCGACCCCACGGAGGAGACGGGCCCCGUGGCCGGCAUCCUGGACACCGACACGCUGGAGAAGGUGUCCGUCACGGAGGCCAUGCGCCGCAACCUCGUGGACAACAUCACGGGGCAGAGGCUGCUGGAGGCGCAGGCGUGCACGGGGGGCAUCAUCGACCCGGCCAGCGGCGAGAGGUGCUCGGUGGCCGACGCCGUGAGCAAGGGGCUGGUGGACAAGCUCAUGGUGGACCGCAUCAACCUGGCGCAGAAGGCCUUCCACGGCUUCGAGGACCCGCGCACCAAGACGCGCAUGUCGGCGGCGCAGGCGCUCAAGAAGGGCUGGCUCUACUACGAGGCCGGGCAGCGCUUCCUGGAGGUGCAGUACCUCACGGGCGGCCUCAUCGAGCCCGACGCGCGCGGCCGCGUCUCCCUGGACGAGGCGCUGCACAAGGGCACCAUCGACGCGCGCACGGCGCAGAAGCUGCGCGACGUGGCCACCUACGCCAAGUACCUCACGUGCCCCAAGACGAAGCUCAAGAUCUCCUACAAGGACGCCAUGGAGCGCAGCAUGAUCGAGGAGGGCACCGGCCUCCGCCUCCUGGAGGCCUCGGCGCGCUCCAGCAAGGGCUACUACAGCCCCUACAGCGUGGGCAGCGGCGCCGGCUCGGCGGCCGGCUCGCGCUCGGCACCGCUGCAGGAGCCAUUGCAGCCGACACCAUUGCAUCCCUCAUCAUUGCAGCUGCAGGAGCCGUUGGAGCCGGCACCAUUGCAGCCCCCGUCAUUGCAACCAGCACCACUGCAGCCGCAGGACCCAUUGCAGCCGCCACCAUUGCAUCCCUCAUCAUUGCAGCUGCAGGCACCAUUGCAGCUGCAGGAGCCAUUGAGGCCAGCACCACUGCAGCCAUCACCACCACCGCAGCUGCAGUCACCGUUGCAGCUGCAGGAGCCGUUGAAGCCAGCGCCAUUGCAGCCAUCACCGCCGCAGCUGCAGGCACCGUUGCAGCUGCAGGAGCCGUUGAAGCCAGCGCCAUUGCAGCCAUCACCACCGCAGCUGCAGGAGCCAUUGCAGCUGCAGGAGCCGGUGAAGCAGGCGCCACUGCAGCCAUCACCACCGCAGCUGCAGGCACCGUUGCAGCUGCAGGAGCCGGUGAAGCAGGUGCCAUUGCAGCCAUCACCACCGCAGCUGCAGGCACCGUUGUGGCUGCAGGCACCGUUGCAGCUGCAGGCACCGUCGCAGCCGCCACCACUGCACCUGCAGUCACCGUUGGAGCUGCAGUCACCAUUGCAGCCGUCACCAUCGCCGCUGCAGCCUGCGCCGCUGCAGCCAGCCCCGUUGCAGCCGCCCGGAGGCUGCGCGCGGGAGGCCRGCGGGCAGCGCUGCGGGCUGCAGGUCCCGGCGCUGCGCGCGGUCUAG